AUUUUAUUAAUUAUGGUGUACAGUCGUAGGAUGAGCAAAAAUCAGUCAAUGAAAGUGGGCUUCGCUAAUAAAGACAAAUUCACUGUGUUCCCCCUCCAAAGGAAAGGUAUAAUAAUUUCAACUCGAAUCUCCACUUCGAAGAUGCAAAGAAACAUCUUCAAUCUCUUCAUUUUCUUUAUAACCAGAUGUUAGCUCUAGUGAGGUUCUCAAGAGAACCACCAAAACAGAGUCAGAUGGCUGCAGAAUUUGUGUGUUUCAGUUUCGCUCUAUUGCUAAGUAUUCAGUUGGCAAUAGCAAGUCCUCCUAUUUCGAAGCCUAAUUGUGAAUCCUCCUGCGGAAACCUUAGCAUUCCGUACCCAUUUGGAAUGGGUAAGAAGGAGUGCUAUUUCGGCGAAUGGUUUGAGAUUGAGUGCAACAAAAACGUCUACCCUCCUAGAGCUUUUAUGCGCAGAAUCAAAAUGGAGGUCUUUGAACUUAAUCUUGGAGGCUCCGCUAUGGUCAGAAGUCCAAUAAUAUCCUCGAACUGUUCAGGCAGGGAGAGCGAUGAGCCUAUCGACUUUAAAGGAAGCCCUUUUUACAUUUCCGAAAUGAACUCAAUCAUCGCAGUAGGUUGCAACAGCCGUGCUUUGUUGGUGGAUCAGCCGCUCCUACGCGUCGGGUGCGAAUCAAGAUGCCAUGGUCGGAAGGAUAUUGAGUGGAGAGAAAUGAUUCCUAAGCUUAAAACAAUUGAUAGCGAUGGGCUUUAUUUGAUAGGGAGUGAUUGUAAUGGAACUGACUGCUGCAAGAUUGUAACACCUUCAGCCGUUCAGGUUUUCAAUCCAAAAUUUGAAGGUAAGGGUUGCGAGCUGGCAUUUUUGGUUCUUGAAGGGGCUGUUCCCUAUGUCGAGUUUCCGAUGCAUCUCUACUGGACGAUCAAUUCCACACUGAAGAAAGCUGUCGACCGGAAAACCGCGGUUUGCUCGAGCUACCCUUAUGUGAAUGACAAUGGCUCAGAAUUUUCAUGUUAUUGUGAUGAAUGGCAUACGGGAAAUCCUUACGUUGGAUGCACAGAUUUCAACGAAUGCGAAACUAAUAAUCACCAUUGCCAUAAAUUAACAAAAUGCGUCAACACUCCAGGAUCAUAUAAAUGUGUGCCGGAUCCCAAAUGGAUUAUCAUUAUUGUCGUAUGUGGUGUUAUUGGAGUAUUUGCAAUACCCUACAGUUGUUGGAGGCUGUACAAGCUUAUAAAGAAAAUAAGGAACAUUCACCUCAAGAAGAAGUUCUUCAAACGCAAUGGUGGUUCAUUGUUAAAGCAACAACUAAAUUCAAGUGAUGGUAGUGUUCAGAAGACAAAGGUCUUUAGUUCAAAGGAGAUGGAAAAGUCCACCGAUCGUUUUAAUGAGAAUAGAAUACUUGGUCACGGCGGGCAAGGCACAGUGUACAAGGGAAUGCUAACAGAUGGAAGUAUUGUUGCCAUCAAAAAGUUCAAAUUAGUUGAUGAAGGAAAGGUACAGGAAUUUAUAAAUGAGGUUGUGAUUCUUUCUCAAAUUAAUCACAGGAAUAUAGUUAAGCUGUUGGGAUGUUGCUUGGAGACUGAAGUUCCUUUGUUAGUCUAUGAAUUCAUCCCUAAUGGAUCUCUCUUCCAAUAUCUUCAUGACCAAAGUGAGGAGGCUACAUUACCAUGGGAAAUGAGACUACGUAUUGCUGGUGAAAUUGCUGGAGCAGUUGAAUAUUUGCACUCAUCAGCUUCUAUUCCUAUUUAUCAUCGUGACAUUAAGUCCACAAAUAUACUCUUAGAUGAGAGAAACAGAGCAAAAGUAUCAGAUUUCGGAACUUCAAAAUCGAUUGCCAUUGAUCAAACCCACUUGACAACUCAUGUGCAAGGAACUUUUGGUUAUUUGGAUCCAGAAUACUUUCAAACCAGUCAAUUCACAGAUAAGAGUGACGUUUAUAGUUUUGGAGUAGUUUUGGUGGAGCUUUUAAGUGGUCAAAAACCAAUUUGUUCAAAGAGCUCAGAAGAAAUCACGAGUUUAGCCACACACUUUAUUAUUUUGAUGGAAGAGAAUAGACUGUUUGAUAUCGUUGAUGCCCGGAUUAAGGAGCAUUGUGCUGAAGAGGAAAUUAUUGAAGUUGCCAAUCUUGCAAAAAGAUGCUUAAAUUUGAAUGGAAAGAAACGACCUACGAUGAAAGAAGUUGCAAUGGAGUUAGAAGGGAUUCAAGCAUCAAGAAAUAAGUUGAAUAUUCAACAAAAUAAUGAAGAAAUUGAAGACAAUCUAUCUGAUGACGAUUCUAUCACAGAAAGCUAUGAGAGUCGAGAAACUCUAUCUGAUGAAAUUGCUAUUACAGUUAGCUGUGAUCUAAGUAAUGUUAAAACUCUACCAAUGGAUGUUGAAUCAAUAACUGCUAAUAGAACUUGGUAAUCAAGAAGAGUAUACAUCCAUAAAGCUGCUUCAUUUGGUUUGUUGAAGUGGAUCAAGCUUAAUUUACCGUUGCUUUUUUGUUUCCUCUUUUGUGUAGUUGUUAAAUGUUUCCAGUCUUGUCUUUGUACUUUUUUCUAAAAAAAAAAUUUAACAAUUUUAUCUGCUCC